AUGGCGUCGGCGGCCUUCAAGUCGUCGACCAGGAGGUCGGCGGUUGGGAGCCCCAACGAUGCCGGAUCGUCCAGCAGGUCCGGCGAGUGCAGGCGAUCGCGGAGUCUCAGCCGCUACUCUGGACGUGUUCCUCCGCCUGGGAAGGAGGAGGUGGAUGAUUUUCGUGCGCCUCCGCGGGGAAAGUUCGUGAACACGGCCAGAGGGUCGGGUUUCCCAGAGAUAAGCCUUGACGACCUAGCCGACGAGUUCUUUACGGCCUUGGAAUUUGAGGAUGAGGUGGAGAGGGGAAGGGGAAGGGGAAGGGGAAGGAGUCGGGCUGGCCGGCGGCUCUCUGAUGCUAGCUUCCUCAUGGACACGGAGUCGUCGAAAAGGAGGGGGAGGUCAGUUUCGAGGAAGGGCAGUUUGGAGAGCAAUGUGGGCGGCCAGCGGUGUUUUGAUGGUAAUGCGAGGAGACGUUCUUUGUCAGUUGCCCGGUAUCAGUGCAGCGAGUCAGAGGUAACCUUGUGUUGAUAAUUCCUUUUGCGCGACUAUAGAAGUAAUGAUUUCGACUUAUGUAUUUCUUUUUCUCUGGUAGUCAACUGCGAUGAUAAUGAAUCGAAAAUUAUGAUAUUAUUGCGGACCAGGAAAAGUUUGAAAUCAUUAACAAUCUUGAUCAAAAGGUCAAGAUGGGUUUGCUGGGGACCAAAAUUUAACGCGUAGUGCCAUGAGAUCUUUUCCGAGAAUGCUUUCGGAUUAGUGUUGUUUCCAAUCUCUACGCAUUUGCUGCUCCACCGGAAACUCCCACUGCCCCGACAGUACUCCCAGCUUAUUGGUUUACACCGGCUGUCCAGGGUUGAGCCCCGGGAUUUUAGGACGGACUGGAAACCUGCCUACGGAUGAUUUACGCCCAAUCGUUCCAUUAUAUUUUGGUGUUCUUUCUAUUUAUUUACGGCGCACAGUAGACUUGGAUUGAAAGCGGACAAAAGAACCUGAGGAUAUCAUAUUCCAUGUCUGAUAGGAUGAAAAAUUUAUUCCGGUUCCGAAACAUAAUGGAAAUAUAAAAACUCUACUACUUCCCUGCAUACACCCAGAUUUUUGCUCAAUGUGUAAUUGACAUCAUGUUUCACCACUUCAAGCGAAGUUCCUUUGGUCUAGAACUUUCUAAAUAUUGUCCGUGCUUUAACCUCUGGACCACCACUUUUUGUGGGCCAGAUGGUAGCUCCGAUUAGUUUCUUUCCUUUUAGCCAAUUUUUGCAUUCAAUUGGAGGAUUCUACGUUUUCUUGGUUAUGCACUGUGCAGUGUACUGUUCAUUCAUUGAAGCUUACAACUUCAUUGACCAAAGCUGACUGCCUUUUUCUAUCUUUGGAGGUCAGAGUGAAUCAGACUUUUCUUGUAAUUCCAGCUCUCAGAACAAGCUGAGAACCUCACAAAAAAGGAAUUGCGAGUCCUUUACAUCACAUAAGCCUUCCACUGAUAACACACUAAGGAGGGCCCGCAGCCAAAGGGAUCUCAGAUAUUUACAAGACAGCCAUUCGGUAAUGCAUGCAGACCAUUUUAAUAUAUGUUAUGAUUUUGGAUUUAUUUCAUUUACAUGAGUUUUCACUGUGAUAUACUGACGACAGAAGGCAAAAGUGAUCGUUAAGGUCAACAGUAUUUUAUGUUUUUAUGCCCUCCUUUACUGACAAUAUUUGGUGCAUUGAAUAUAAUUAAUUCGGUUAGAGAAGUUUCAUGACGAACAAUUGAAAACCUUAAAAGACUUUCUUAUGGCAGAGAUACUCUUCAGCAUUGACUGAUGAUGAAUCACAUAAUGUUCAUACCAACACUAGUGGGGCUGAGAAGACAAUUGGGACUGCGUUUGACCACAAAAAGGUUAGUGCCAAAGUUGUGGUACCAAUCAAGCUGGCAACGUGUAUAAUAUACAUGACUGUCAAUUAUAUGGAAUAUUGAACUCAGCGAAAAUUCAAAAGCUUUGUCUCUAGUCCUCAUUUUAUCUCUAAGUAUUUUUUUUCUACAAUUUUAGUCAGAGCACCCUCAUGGAGAUGGAGAGAAUGAUGGCUUGUAUGAAGUAAUGCGGAAAGAAGUUAGGCAUGCAGUUGACGAGAUCAGAACUGAACUUGAAAAGGUGUCAUAUUUUCCCCUGUUAUCUUUUACCGUUGGAUUCUCAUGUCCUCAUUUCACAAUUUCGUGACCUACUUGUUUUUGUGUCUAGUCUUCAUGAUAAUUUACGAAGUUUUGGUUCCUGAUAACUUUCUCACUAUAUCUGACUACACUGGAACACCAGCUUCAUCUUCUACUAUCAUAGGCUAGAAUCUAGGAAAUUAUUUACACUACUUUAAGCAUGCUAAUAGUUGGUGGUGGAAAAUUGUUGAUCUUUUAUUUUUACAGUAGAUCAACCUGACCGGAUGUCCUGUGAUUAUGGACGUUCUUAUUUGUGUAGGUACCUAAUAUCACUGAUCUUUUGUAGGUAAUUGAGAAAGCUAAGCCCCCCAUGCCUAGUGGUAAUGAUCCUCAGCCAAAAAGUUCAGAGGUGGUUCAAGCAAUUGCUGAAAUUAGAAGAAAUUACACCUCCAAGUUAGAAGAGGUGCGUUGUUUACCUUUCUAUUUUCUCAGGAAUGAAUGGCUACUACCUUGCUGUGCUGAUUAUAUUCCGCAUGGUUUUUGUGGUGAAUACCACAGAUGAUGUCAUGGAAAUGAUCUCUGACUUUCUUUGGAUGUGGAUGCAUAUAUAUGUGUAUAUGCUAUGUAGUGUAUGUAGUGUAUGACUGGCUGAGGUAUACGUUUAUCUUAGGUCUGUCAGGUGGACGAGUUUACAAAUUUUAGUUACUCAAAUGACAGGGUUGUUUCUUGAAAUAGGCUUUCAAUGAAGGAUACAUGUGUGUAUUUAACUUUUCUAAAAAGAGGCCUAGUAAGGACCUCUACUUCAAUUAGGUGUCGUAAGCGGGAAUCCUUUUGCAAAAUAACACCUAGCACAAGUAUGGUUCCAGCCCAUUGGAAAUUCUUUGAAAAUAAAAAAACUAUACGUUCCAAUUACCUAGGAAAGCUGCCACCAUGAAACACACUUUCUUUUGAGCCCAUUUUUGCACCAUUAAUCCAUACAUUGGAAACUAAUUAUGUAUGCCUCUAAGUGAGAGAAUCUGAGGAGCCAUAUACCUUUGAUACCUGUUUCUUGGUGCUACAUUCACCCACCCCCUUCAAGCAAUAGAUUUGUGUUGUCGCCCCAAUAACAUUUAAUUUAAUAGAAAAUUGACAAUUUUUUAGUUUAUGGUUCUUUCCUGAAAAGCUUAACUUCAUGAUGCUAAUCAAUUUUGACUCCACAUAAAUAGGAAAUGAAGGUAUGAUUAUUCAUGGUUAUUCACACAGAGAAGCUUCAAUAUGUGACGGUCAAUCUUAUUAUUACUCAUUUACAGUACACGAAUGUUUAGAUAUAUGAACUCUCAGAAUGACUAAGAUUUUUUUAAAUUAUCAAAUGGGUAAAAUGAUGCAACAUUCUUACCACUGUGCUUGAGUUCUCUGUCACGGGUGGCAUCCUUUUUAGUUGCCAUUAGAGAUGCCAGUGAAGGCAAAAUGAUUGUGGAUAGUGAACGAAGAGUGGUAAAAGAGGUAUAUUCCUAUUUGGUUCAUUCCCUAAGAAUUUUUAUUUCUGUUACUGCUGAUUCUCUAGAUGUAGAAUGUUGGACGUCAAGUUAUUUAAUUAAAUUCGGAAGCACGUGACUAAUUUUUUUCUUCACAUAUUACUUUUUGUGUAAUUUUGAAGUGAAUUAUCCGCAGAUGGCCCAAUAUUUAAAAGACGAUCAUUAUUUAAUUUUCUACAGGUGCAUCUGAUAUUAUUGAUAGUUUGUGAACAAAUGUCCUUAUUGAAAUACUUUUUGUUGUGCAUUUGGGAUACCUUUGUUUUGGUUUUUAGGUCCAAUUUUUAUCUAUUAUUACGAGCUUGAAAGGAAAUGAUUUCUUUUACACUACGUUCCCACAUUUCCUAUUUCUUUGGCUUCGAUUCACUCAUUAAAUACUUUCAAUUUACAGUCAGAGAAGCGAAAACAAGACCUGUUAGCUGAGCUAGCAGCUGAAGAACAGCGUGGACAAGAGCUCUCAAAAAUUGUCAAAGAACUGCUUCCAGGGACAAAUCAAACUACUCCAGUGAGACAGUCACGGUUUAGAAAGGUCGUUUUCUCUCUCAAAUCCUGUUCUGUCAAACUAUAAAUCAUCUUCGAAUAGCCUUGACUUCUGGCUCAGCUAUCCUUCAUCCAGUGUCAAAGCUGCUGAAGAAUAGACUGACCGAAUAUGGUUAGGCUCUGUGUGGCAACCGUCUCACUAUCUAUUCAUAAAUAUUUCACAGAGAAGCAAUGAUAAAAGCAAAAUAUCGAAGCAUUUGUUUGAAGAAGCGGAGAAGUAUUUCGAAGAUUUCAUCUCGAGUGUUGAUGACACCGACAUUUCAUCAUUUGACGGUGAGAAGAGUGAUGGAGGUUCGACUAUAGGAGGAUGCACAAAGUCAAACGCAGUGGGUGAAACACAAGCAGGUCCUGCAAGGACUGCCUCUUCCCUAGUUGAUACUGAUGGGUUAGUUCUUCCCUGGUUAGAGUGGGAGACUUUCAAUGAUGGUACUCCUCUAUCAGGCAAAUCCAAGGUGAGCAUCACUUAUCUCCGGGACCAAAAUUUCUGUCAAUAUACGCCAUUUUUUUUCUUGAUCUACCCCAAAAAGUUUCUCCUUUUCCUUUGAUUUGUUAACAUUUUGAAUUUAGAAUGCUAUGUGCUGAACCUUGUAAAAAAGAUAUUAUUCUAUUUUUAUGUUGGAACACAGAAGCCAGCAUUUUCUACAUUCUUCUCAUUUGAUUUUCCCUAAUCUCUGGAUCAUGAUCUGUGGCCCCUGCCUCUGUAUAAUGAACUUAAUGGAAAAAAACAACAAAAAGAUGUUUACCAUUUGAUCACAUCAUUACCAUAUAUGAUGCUGUUCUUAGCUGAUCACAUAAAAGUUGCUCUUCUAAUCUCAAUAUUUACAAUUUUAUGGAGAGAAAAUCCCCCCAUUGCCAUCGUUAUUAUUAUUUCAAUCUUAUUACAAUUCCAUCCAGAAGCACCCAAUGUUCAGUUUCCCCACAUUAUUUCCCCUUAUUGUCGGCUUCCAUUUCCACAGGAACCCAGCGCCAUCCACAGCAGUGUGCGCUCUAUGAGCAGCCAUGGAAGUUGUAGCCCCGGAAAUACCCAUGAAAGCUACUCUGUGAUCUUCAAGAAUGAAAUACCCGUAACAAAGACCAGAUCCAGGGUAUCCAGUUCAUUCAGCAUGGAGGACUACGCCCACUUAGAACAUGUCGAAGAUUUCCUCUUUGAGGUCCUCCUGCAGCGACGAAGAAUAGAUUCAGGUACCCUCGUUCUAUGCGGAAGAAUCUCCCAUUAA